AUGAGGCUUUCCACUAUUUUCACAUAUGCAUCGGUAUUGGGCUCAGCAUUUGUUUCUGCUGCGCCAACCACUAAAGGAAGCAUAACCAAAAGAAACGACAACGGCGUGUCCAUCAUUGACUUUGACUAUGUGUUGAACACCAUCAGAGAAAUGAAUGAGAGAUAUGAGACAGGCUUCUCUACUAAUUUACAAAGAAGAGACGACGCAAACUUUAUUGACCAGUUCGUCAUGGAGUUGCACAACUCUGACUUGUUGCAACAUUUCAUUGAUGAGCUUCACAACACCAACUUUACUACUGCCAUCGAGGAAGGUGUCCAAGAUGCCAUUUCCGGAGGUCUUGUCAACGAAACAACCUUAUUGACUGGUUUGAGAACCAGUGGGAAGCUUGAAACGUUCUUUGACUCUGUUUUGAACGAUGAAGAUUUGAAUGAGGAGUUAUACCUCACAGCCAGAGAUAUUUUGGAAGGAGUCGAGGACGGAGGAGAAUUGGCUGCUCGUGAUGCGUUAUCAUCAUCUCAGCCAUUCCUCUCUGCCAUCUACGCCGACUCGGUAGCUCCUAUGGUUAAGAGAGAAUAUUACUCAGAUUCAGUUUUGGAGGAGGCAUAUGGAAUGGACAAGAGAGCUAUUCUUGACACUGUGAUAACCAUUGUAAGGUCAAUAACCUCUCUGGGCUUGGUCAAGAGCAUCAUCUCGUCCAUUAUUGGAAACCAGUCUUUGAUCUCCUACACGAUCAAUUUGUUCAAAAGGGUGUUUGCUAGUAUCAACUGGAGCUCGUUGUUCAACACUAUUAAGAACAGUGGCCUCAUCAAGUCAAUUUUUAGCUACAUUUUGAAGUUCCUUGCUGGUUUGUUCUCGGGAGCCUCACUUUCCUCGUUGAUCAACGAACUCUUUGGAGGCGGCUCCAAUUCCACCCAUAAAUCGUUCCUCAGUUCUUUGUUGAGCGUUGGAGUGGAGGUUGGCAGUGAACUUUUCUCGAGUCUUACUAAGUCCGGAGGUUUACUCUCGGAGUUGCUCUCGACUUUCAGAAAUGGAUCCUCUUCGAGCUCUUCUUCAUCCUCCUCUUCCGGAACCUCCUUGCUGGGACUUCUCGGCUCAUUGUUCGGAGGUUCUUCUUCUUCAUCCUCGUCUUCUUCUUCUUCUGGUUCAUCCACCUCUUCAGGAUCUAGCUCUGGUGGUUUAUUGUCUUCUAUCUUUGACAGUUUGUUCGGAAACUCUGGUAGCUCAAGCUCCGGUUCAAGUUCCGGUUCAAGCUCUGGUUCUAACUCUGGAUCCAGUGGCUCCGGUGGUGGUUCAUUCCUUUCUAUUCUUGGAGGUCUUGCUGACAACUUAGUCGACCAUUUGUUUGGUGGUGGAUCGUCAAGCUCUGGAUCUUCAGGAUCUGGAUCUUCGGGAUCUGGAUCUUCAGGCUCCUCUGGAAGCUCUGGAUCUUCAGGAAGCUCUGGAUCCUCUGGAAGCUCUGGAAGCUCUUCAGAUACUACCAGUUGCUGUUGCUCCGCAGACAAGAUUAAGAAGAGAGCAUUGAAGAGAGCAUUGAAGAAGAGGGUCAACAGAUCGAUCAAGAGAGCAUUCACCGGAGGAAAGGCUACUAUGCCAGAGGGAUUCUUGGGCUACAUGGCCUUUUAG